UGCUCCCCUGCCCCAGCCCAGCACGGCUCCAGCCCCAGCCCCGAGCAGCAGCACAGCCAGGAGCGCUCCUGGGAGCAGAGAUGCUUUGCCGCCUGCACUUCAUGCCGCCCAUGCCCAGCUCGCUGUUCCCGUGGCUGGGACCCGUCCGCACGCUCUGGCCCCAUCCAGGCACCCUGUUCGCCGAGCUGGAGCGGGAGAUGCGGCUGGAGAUGGAGCGGGCUCGGGAGUUCAUGAGCAGCGUGGAGCAGUACCUGAGCAGCGGGAGCGGCCCCGGCCGGCUCGGCAUCGCCCCCAGCCCCAGCGCAGCGCUGACCCCGGGCUCUGCGGACGGCUUCUCCGUCUGCCAGGACGUGAAGAACUUCGCUCCCGAGGAGCUGUCGGUGAAGGUGGUGGGCAGGAAGGUGGUGCUGGUGGGGCAGAAGGAGACGCAGAGCACGGACGAGAAGGGCUCCUUCUCCUACAAGUACGAGGUGCUGAAGCGCGAGUGGGACGUGCCCGAGGAGGUGGACGCCGAAGCGCUGACCUGCUCCCUGUCCAAGGAUGGGCAGCUCCGCAUCGAGGCCCCCAAGCUGGCCCUGCCGGCCGCUCCCGAGAGGAAUGUGCCCAUCCAGAUGGGCCCGGCGGUGGCACAGCCGGCUGGCAGCGCUGAGGAGGGAGCCGAGCGGGCCAAGGCGUGAGGAGGAGCGGCGGGGGCCAGGCUGAGCCUGGCGAUGGGGGCAGCUGCUGGCCGCAGAGCGGGACCGCGCCAUGGCCCGGGGCGGGCUGUCUGCCCGAAACGUGGCUUUUUUUGAUAUGUAAUAAAUAUUCCUGACUUUUA